UCGGCUCGACCCCAACUGCAGAGUUCCUCGCAUUCUAACUUCCGGUCUCGUACCGCAACAGACAAUGCUGGCGAAUUGAACAGGCGUUAUUCCAAUAUUACCGAAGAGCAGGACUCCCCUUCGAGAGAACGCGAGAAUCCUUAUGAACCUGCCACGAAUGCCUCGACUCCUCCCCCGCGAGAACAUGCCUUCACGAAAAGACUCCUUCGCUUGCAUUCGCAUUCUGAUGAUGGGAGCAAUGGUUCGCAGAAUACAAAAAGGAGAUCUGCUAGUGGGCGGAGGAGGUCAAUCUCGGAAACAAUGGAACCCAGUUCUUUGACCGCACAGCUCAACGAAAUGGAGAACAAAAGGGCAAAUGGAGAUCCGGCAGCCCCAAGACCUGGACUUGGUCCUCGACCGAUUGGAGGCAGUGAGAAAUUGGGCAUGUUCUCAGGAGUCUACGUACCAACAUGCCUCAAUGUGCUCAGUAUCCUUAUGUUCUUAAGAUUUGGAUUUCUAUUAGGCCAAGCGGGUGUUUAUGGCAUAAUGGGAAUGCUAGUUGCCGCUUACGCCAUUAAUCUUAUCACGACCUUUUCCUUGUCUGCAAUUGCUUCUAAUGGUACGGUCCGUGGUGGCGGAGCUUAUUACCUGAUAUCGAGAUCCUUGGGACCCGAGUUUGGGGGCUCGAUUGGAGUAGUCUUCUACCUUGGAUUUGCCUUUAAUACUGGCAUGAAUGCUGUUGGUCUUAUCGAUUGCAUCAAGCUAAAUUUCGGUUCUGAUUCUGGCAAUUGGUCUAAUAUCCUCCCAGAAAGCACAUGGUAUCUUUACCUCUGGUCUACAAUAGUGUUAGUGCUGUGCACUGGUAUUUGCCUGGCUGGAUCGUCCAUUUUCGCCCGUGCUAGUAAUGGGCUACUAGUCAUACUUUUACUUGCUACUCUUAGCAUUCCCUUCUCAGCUCUUAUCGUUUCACCCUUCGAAAGCAGGAAAUUGGGCAUCGAUUACACUGGUCUUAGCUUGACUACCUUCCUGGGUAACCUUAAACCCCAGCUUACGAAAGGUGCUGCAGGCAGUCAACUUCAUGGAAAGGAGGACUUUCAAGACCUUUUUGGCAUUCUCUUCCCUGCAACAGGAGGCAUUUUUGCUGGAGCUAGUAUGUCUGGAGACCUGAAAAAUCCCAGCAAAUCAAUUCCUAAAGGUACAUUGUAUGGCCUGGGGACUACAUUCGUCUUGUAUACUCUCGUCAUCCUGGCUAUGGCUGCAACGACCACAAGAUCAUCAUUUGUCAGGAAUGCCAACGUGAUUCAGGAUACGAACAUCUCAGGCGUGGUAAUUCUUGCUGGAGAGUUUGCAAGUUCAUUUUUCUCUACAUUAAUGGGCGUCAUAGGUUCCGCCAAGCUCUUACAAGCCUUGGCGCGAGACAACCUUCUUCCAGGCUUCUCGGUCUUUGGACAGGGGACAAAAAAUGGAGACGAACCAACUUAUGCUAUCAUCGCAACCUUUGUCGUUGCUCAGCUUACUAUGCUUUUCGACCUUAAUAAGAUCGCCUCUUUUGUUACAAUGACAUAUCUUAUGACCUUUCUUGUUAUGAACUUAGCUUGCUUCCUCCUUAGCAUAGGCUCUGCACCCAAUUUUCGACCUUCAUUCCACUUUUUUAAUUGGCAGACUGCUUUAGCUGGUACACUUGUUUCAGGAACAGCCAUGUUCUUCGUGGACGGUCUCUACGCUACUGGAUGCGUUGGUAUCUUAAUCUUCAUUUUCCUCAUCAUUCAUUACGCUAGCCCGCCCAAGAGUUGGGGCGAUGUCUCGCAGAGUCUCAUCUACCACCAAGUCCGAAAGUACCUACUCCGAUUGAAGCAAGAGCACGUCAAAUUCUGGCGGCCACAAAUCCUUCUCCUGGUAAACGAUCCUCGGCGGCAGUAUAAACUCAUACAGUUUUGUAAUUCCCUAAAGAAAGGGGGCCUCUAUGUACUUGGCCAUGUGAUUGUUACAGACAACUUUGCUGGCUCGGUUCCCGAAGCACGCCGACAGCAAGCGGCAUGGACAAAAUAUAUCGAUUUUUCAAAGAUCAAAGCUUUCGUCAAUAUUGCCAUCUCUCCAGGACUCGAGUGGGGAGCGCGAAACAUUGUUCUCAGCACUGGGCUAGGAGGCAUGAGACCUAAUAUCGCGGUAAUGGGUUUCUAUAACCUUGACGACCUGAGGAGAAACCAACCACUAAUCGAUGUACCCGAAAUGCUAUGGUCUCCGACGGGCAGAUCCUCUUUUGUCUCCCAACAAGUGCGAAAGCAACCCCGCCGUGAUAGCACAGAUGCCAAAAUGGCCGGCGAUUUACCCACAGACUCUUGCAAGACAGAAGGAAUGCUGAGUCUUACAAGCUAUGUGACUGUUCUCGAGGAUUUGCUUCUACGUUUACAGAUCAAUGUCGCUGUUGCGAAGGGAUUCCAAGACUUGGAGUUUCCCCACACGAAACAGGAUUCGGACGAAUCUACCAAGAAAUACAUCGACUUAUGGCCAAUUCAGAUGUCAGCGGAGAUUGCGUCUGAAGGGGACGAUAAGCCUAAUGUCCUGACUACCAAUUUUGAUACAUAUACAUUGAUUCUUCAGCUUGGAGUAAUAUUGAAUACAGUGCCCGCUUGGAAAAAGGCCUAUAAAGUCCGCGUAGCCGUAUUCGUUGAAUAUGAAUCAGACGUCGAAGAAGAACGAGGUAGAGUGCAAUCUCUCCUUGAAAAUUUGCGAAUCGAGGCGGAAGUCCUGGUAUUCUGGUUAGCUUCGGGGAAACUGCCUACGUAUGAAAUUAUCGUCAAUGGGGUGAGUGCGGCUGAGGAACAUGAAACUGAAGUCGAAGAAUGCUUGAGAGGGCAGGAAUGGUGGGAUGAAAUCCAAAAGUUCCGUGGAAACCGAGCCCGGUCAUCAGCAACAGAAGAUCUGUCGGACAUGGCCAGCAUUUUCACCACAGGGUCAAUAUGGCCGGAGUCUUCUUUCCAGCAAGGCCCGCGCGGAGAGCGAGUAGAGCGUUUCCUCGGGCUUCGGAAGUUAUUGCGGAAGUCGAAGAGAAAACAUACUAUGAGUGGGAUAUCUAAGCUGGGAGUUAGAGUUGGAAUGAGAACUCAUAAUUUGUCACCUGACGUUGUUCGCCAGCAUGCAAGUCAGGGGAGUGCAAGCGAGGACUCGGAAGGCGAAUCAGACGGCGUGAGCACUGAUUCGGAGGUCAUUGUAGAUGACGAUACGGAUAAUUUAAGCGAGGGUAUAGAAAGUGCUGCAAGUGAGGGAGAUAUAGAUGACUUCGAGUCGGAGGAUGAUGCGCCACCGAAUCUCACCCGGUUGGUGCGCAGGAGAAGCCAUGGCGAUAGUAUUCGGGGCCCUCCACCAUCGAAGAAGUCAACUGGAGAAAAAGAAGUCAAAGUUCCUGAGCGGCCGGACAGACAACUUCUGCCAACCCAGCCAAGUACAACUCUUGGAUUGAGUGAAACUUCACCCGGACGUCAACCCACUACUUCGGGUCCGAAUCUACCCCCUCUACCCGAGACACCGAGCAGCAAACCACCAACAGUCUCAAACCUCACAAGCUCUAUAAAAGCCAGCUCUGACGCCUCGGACAGCAGACCAACAUCUGCACUUGAACUCAGCAAACCAGCUAUAGCAAAAGCAGAAGCAUCAACUUCAAAUCAACCUCAGCGCCCCUCCUCCGUCCUCUCCGAGCGCCCCUCCCUCUCCCGCCAUGCUUCCACACCCAAAUUCUCAAGUAAACCCGUACCGAUAACGCGAGUCGCAACCGAAGACGGUCCCGGCCCCUCCAUCAUGUUCACCGACACACCCUCUCCUCCCCCACACACGCGCCAACGCCUCCCGUCCGCUUACCGCUCCACCACUUCCACCACACUCCCCGACCACAUUUCCGAAGUCUCCACAUCUUCCUCACCCGGAAAUGAAAACGAAAACGAUCCUCAACAUGGCGGCUCAUCUUCCCGCCGCGGCUCCACCUACAGCACCGCCGCCCUACCCCUAUCUUUCAACGACCUGCCUUGCCGCGCUCAACAUCUAAUUCUCAACGAGCUAAUGCGGUCUCAGAGCGGCGAGACGGCCGUUAUGUUCACCACGCUACCGAGUCCGGCGGAGGGUACAAGCCAGAGUGCUGAGGCUUGUGCGGUGUACUUGGGGGAUUUAGAGGUCCUGUGUAAGGGGUGUCCGCCGGUUCUGCUUGUGCAUUCGAAUAGUAUGACUGUUACUAUGAGUUUGUAG